CUCUCUCUCUCUCUGGUGGAUUAUGCUCCCAGCGAACACAGCACUGCGCGCUAGUCCGCGUAGCUCGCAUCGAAGUCAGUUCUCGUCCCACGAUGGGACGAAGUCGCGGUUUUUGCUGGAUUUUCGCGGUCCUCGUGAAAAACGCAACCGAGUACUUGGACCUUUCGGGUUUGUGAAUAUAUCGAAGUUGUCGGAGUGUCCGCGAACAAGGAACGCGUCAGAAGAAGCGAAGCUGAUUCGGUGUGGCACACUGGGCGGAGUCAGGUUAGGUUUCGAGGCAACGUGAGAGGGUAAACCAGAAAACUGGCGGGCCUUGCGGGUUGCGUCUCGACGAUGGUCGACGAUGAGGAACAGGAGGAGCUCCGAUGUACUGGGAGCGACGUCGAGAUCGAGGAGUACACCGACACGGAAGAAUCGCCAUAUGUCGGUUAUCAGUCCUCCGAUAAGCUGUUCGAUACAGAUAGGGUGGCAUGGCAAAAAUUCAGCUUCGUCGCCACCCUCCUGACCGUCGUAGUAUCCAUUACAUUUUUGAUUGUCACCUAUCCGCUUUAUCUGGAGAGCAUCAGCACUGUUUCCAACUCUUAUACAGGGCUCCUUUUCACUGCCGUGAGCUCGACCUUCUUCCUGGCUAUCAUAUGCUUCAUCGUGGGGAGAGUGUCUCCACCGCCGGCGCUGAUUCCCAAUAGCAUGCGAAUCAAGAUACCCCGCUGCGCCCUACUCAAAAUAAGCUCCGUCUAUGCCCUCUCCGGCAUACUCAUCACCCUCUCUUUGGACCAGAACAGAGUGUUGUGUCAUCUGCAGGAUCCGAUUAAAGGCAUCACCUUGGUCUUCUCUCUGGUCUACUAUUUCUUCUUCUGUCGAAAAAUGAUGAGUCUGCAACGGAUUUUCUCGAGCACCACGAUAAUAGUGGGUCUGUUCAUAAGCGUCGACUACGGGCUCUGCGACGAAUUUCGAUGCAGAGGCAGAGAAGUUUCGGCUCAUACCGCCGCGAUGAAAGGAUCCUGGGGCGCGAGGGCUGUUUGGACGUUCGUCUAUGUCGGUGCUCUCGCCGCGUUUGCUAUGUUCUUCACGCUCCUCGAGGAUCACUAUACCACCGAGCAGAACAUGUGUCAAAUAAUGGCAAGCCAACAAAACUCUUUUCUGUACACGGUGUCACGGCUGGUGUCUUCUCGAGACAUUCGACGACGUGGUUCCGAAGAGGAGGGUGGCAGGCUGUUGCACGUGACGGAUCCUGACCCCACGGUCAGGCCGAAACAUAUUCCAAAACCACCCAUACUCGAAACCCUGGUUUACAUACAUGUGAUAGCGUUGUUCGCCAUUUUGACCAUGUGCUGGAUCGACACGCUGCCAGGAAUAGGCAGGGGUCUGUCACCGGUGGAGCUAUACCGCACAGUCGAACACGGACUAACGUGUCACGUAAAAACCAGCGAAUCCUGCUCGAACAUUGCCACCCACGGAUGGACCUUCGUGAUCGCGUACGUAGUCUUCUCCAUUUCUGUGCUGAACUUUCUCUCUAUAUGCGAAAGUGCUGUCUUCACUAUCGCGACCACAACCGUCUCCCUUCCCUUGUCCGGUAUCUGGUGGAGCAUCUAUAAAAUGGACGUCGGUGGUCACGGUGGCUCCAUCUCGUGGUCACCGUCGGUCACCGGAGAGCUCAUCUGCGCCCUCCUCGGGCUUCCCGUGGUCCUGCUAGGUUUGGGUUUACUCGUCAGAUCCCACUUUCGGGACACCCAGCCCGGUUACCUGACCAUGCAGCCAGCCGACGCGCAAUGCGACUCAUCUCAGAGAUGAAUUUCUCGCCAAACAGCGCCAGAAAGUUUUAAACGACCGUGCCAUCCCUCCGUAAGAAACUUCACGGUACUUCCGAAACGAGAAAUCUUCGAUUGAAACCGAGGCGAUCGAUGGGAAACGAUAAUUAAUUCUGGAGCGUCACGGUCUCGCCGUUGCAAUUUCCGAAAGUUUUCGAGAUACACGAAGCGCGGGUGAUACUCCGAGUGGCAAUAUUUCAAAGCUACAAAAGAGCUCGAGGAGAAAAACGGGUAGACCAAGGCUCCAGGAUUAAUACGCAGCGAGAAAUCUGUGUAAAAAAGGCGCGCAGAGUUGAUUGGAGCCGACUCGGAACUGACCCAAUUAGUUCCCGAUGCCGAGACGAGUUUAGGAACGCUUAAACCU